AUGGCGGUGCCCAUGCCAGUGUUGCCACUGCUCCCAGUGCCCCAGGGGCUGGUGGCCACCGGACUCCUCUCCUGCGCAGGGCCCUUCGCCUGUCUGGCCUGGUCCCGCUCAGAGACACGGCUGCUCUAUGUGGGCGGGGAGAGCCGGCCCAAACCACGGCCCCCCUGCCCCUGGGAUGUGCUGGGAGCAGCCAGGCCAGCGGAGGAGGACGAAGAUGAGGAGUCACAGGGCGAGCAGUUCGUGUACCAUGAGGACUGGGGGGAGGCACUGAGCACCCGCAGCAUACCUGUCCUCUGCGCCCUGGACCUGGAGAGCAGCAGCCUUUCAGUGCUGGAGGGCAUCCCGGAGCACCUCUCCCCUGGCCAGGCCCUGUGGUCUCUGGAUGACCGCAGCGUGGUGUUCGUGGGCUGGUGGCAUGAGCCUUUCCGCCUGGGGCUGAGCGCCUGCUCCAACCGGAGGUCAGGGAUUUUCCACUUGGACCUGGCCAGCAGGCAGUGUGAGCUGCUGUCGGCUGAGCACAGUUCCGCCUGCUCCCCCCGGCUGAGCCCUGAUGGCCAGCUCCUGCUCUACCUGGAGGGAGGCCUGGGGGGGCCCCACCGGCAGUGCCUGCGCCUGCGCAUGCUCACCUGGCAGACAAGGCAGUCGGUGACGGUGCUCGACGUGGUGCAGGAGCCCACAGAGGCCUUUGCGGGGCUCUACGCUGAAACGGUGCCGCUGCGGUGCUGGGCAGCUGACAGCCGGCGAGCCGGGCUGGGCACCCCGCAGCGCUCGCGGGACCUGCUGCUUGUGGACACAGAGGCAGCCACCGUCACCAACCUGACAGCAGGAUUGCUGGAAGGGUGCUGGGAGCUGCUCACCCUCCAGUGGGACCUGCUGGUGGCCACCUGCUCGGCCCCGCACCGCCCUCCCAGCCUGGUGGUGGCGGUGCUGCCACCAGCAGGCCAGGAGCUGCCCCUCCGCUGGGUGCCAGUGGAGGAUGCCCCAGCGGUGCCAGGAGUCACCUGGAAGACCCUGACAGGGCGUCCACCCUGCAGUGGGCAGAGCCCCACCACACAUAGUGCCCAGGCCUUUGAGGCCCUACUGCUGAAUCCACCAGACAGCACAGCGCCGCACCCCCUUGUUGUGUGCCCCCAUGGUGGUCCCCAUGCUGUCUUUGAUGCCCGCUGGCGCCCAAGCAUGGCUGCACUGUGCCGGCUGGGCUUUGCCGUGCUCCUGGUGAACUACCGUGGCUCCCUGGGCUUUGGCCAGGCCAGCAUCAGCUCCCUGCUCUCCCACGUGGGUGAGCAGGACGUGGCAGACACUCAGCUGGCAGUGGAGCAGGCGCUGCGGAGUGAGCCCCUGGACCCGCAGCGAGGUCUGGCACCCCUGGCAGGCACCCCGGGGGUGGGUGCCUGCGGGCAGCUCACCUUGGGCGCCCAGCUCAUCGGGGCAGCGGCGGAUGUGGAAGCAGAAGGCGACGCGGACACUGGGGCGGGCAGUGGGGACCAUGCCAGGACCAGGGGAGGACAGAGCCAGAGCAGCCAGGGACAGGAUGGGACAUGGGUUGGGGUUUGGGGCUAA